AUGGCUGGGGGUGUGUGGGGUCGGGGCCGGGACGGCCCUGUGGGCUCCCUAACUCUGACAGCUCUAGCGGAAGGAAUCCGGGCUAGCCAGGGGCAGCCUGUGGGACCCUCUUCUACAGGCCCUCAGGCUGAUCCCCAGGAGCUUGGGCCCGAGCCUGAGCCCUAUAUUCAAACACUCACCCCUGCCUUUGAGGCCCAGCCUGGGAAUGAAGUGGUUGCCCCCACAGCUGGUAGUGAGAUUUAUUCCCCACGCAAUGCCCAGGAGCCAGCCCCCGAGAGGCCGUACCAGGCUUCCCAGUAUUCCUGGGAGGAAGGAACCCUUGCAGACCUUGCGUUGUAUACAGCUGCCUGUCUGGAGGAGGCUGGCUAUGCCGGGACCCAGGCAACAGCGCUCACUCUGUCCUCAGCCCUGGAAGCCCGGGGGCAGCGGCUGGAGGACCAGGUCCACGGUCUGGUGCGUGGGCUGCUGGCACAGGUGCCUAGCCUGGCAGAGGGGAGACCCCGGAGGGCAGCCCUACGGGUGCUGAGCGCACUGGCUCUGGAGCAUGCGCAGGACGUGGUGUGUGCGCUGCUACCCAGUUCGCUACCCCCGGACCGGGCAGCCUCUGAGCUGUGGCGAAGCCUAAGCCGAAAUCAGCGAGUAAACGGGCAGGUGUUGGUGCAACUGCUGUGGGCACUGAAGGGCGUGGCGGCUCCUGAGUCUGAGGCCCUGGCAGCCACUCGCGCUCUUGGAGAGAUGUUGGCCGUCUCUGGCUGCGUGGGAGCCACUCGAGGCUUCUACCCUCACCUGCUGUUAGCACUGGUCACACAGCUGCAUGAGCUGGCUCAAGGUGCUCAUUCCCCCGACAGCCCUAAGGUUUGGGAGCCUUCCCACCGAGGGCCACCUCACAGCCACGCCAGCUGCACAGUGGAGGCCUUAAAGGCCCUGCUCACAGGGGAUGGUGGUCGAAUGGUAGUCACAUGUAUGGAGCAAGCAGGAGGCUGGAGGAGACUGGUAGGAGCCCACACACACCUGGAGGGUGUCCUGCUGCUGGCCAGUGCCAUGGUGGCGCAUGCUGAUCACCAUCUCCGAGGCCUUUUUGCAGACUUGCUCCCUCGGCUACGAAGUGCCAACAACCCGCAACGCCUCACCGCUAUGGCCUUCUUUACUGGGCUGUUACAGAGUCAGUCCACUGCACGGCUCUUACGUGAGGAAGUCAUCCUGGAGCGCCUUCGAACUUGGCAGGGUGACCCAGAGCCCACCGUGCGCUGGCUAGGCCUACUUGGUCUUGGCAACCUUGCAAUGAAUCGUGGGAAGAUAAGGCAUGUGAACAUGUUGCUGCCAGUACUCCUAAGAGCACUGGGCGAAGGUGACGUGCGGCUCGUGGGCGCUGCGCUUGGCGCGCUGCGGAGACUACUGCUGCAGCCCGGAGCACCCGUGAGACUCCUCAGCUCCGAGCUGCGACCACGCCUCCCACCGCUACUGGACGAUGCUCGGGACUCAGUCCGCGCUUCGGCAGUGGGACUCCUUGGAACACUGGUGCGGCGGGGCCAGCGGGGGCUCCGGCUGGGGCUUCGGGGACCCCUGCGGAAACUGGUGCUGCAGAGUCUGGUGCCCCUGUUGCUGCGCCUACAUGACUCGAGUCAGGACGCUGCUGAGAGCUCAGAGUGGACACUAGCCCGCUGCGAUCAGGCCCUUCGAUGGGGCCUGCUGGAGGAGAUGGUAACUGUGGCUCACUACGACAGCCCUGAGGCUCUCAGCCGCGUCUGCCACCGCCUGGUUCAGCGAUAUCCAAGCCAUGUUCAAUACUUCCUGAGUCAGACCCAAGGUUACCUGCGGAGCCCACAGGAUACCUUGCGUAGGGCAGCCACUGUGCUAAUAGGUUUCCUGGUCUAUCAUACGAGGCCCAAAGGAAUCAGUCAGGACCUGUUGGACUCUCUGUUCCAGGACCUAGGACAGCUGCAGGGCGACCCGGAGUCUGCGGUUUCCUCGGCAGCGCACGUGUCUGCCCAGCAGGUGGCGCUGCUUGCCCGGGCGCAGGUCCAGACACGCAGCCCCAACCUCUUCCGCUUCAUCCGCCGCCACCAUUCAUACCCUCCAAGGCCCCAUCCACUCUAUGACGAUAGUCCGUUCCUCCGUCGCAGCCUUGCAGGCCGAUGGAGCUGCCUUGAACCUCAUUGA